AAAGUAAUUGUUAAAGGUCCGGUCAUAUAACUCAAAAGCCUCACUCAGCCGUGCGUGAGAGAGAGAAUCCAGCCGUCCGCCGUCGUACCUCUCUGUCAAUUCCCUCGCCGGCAAAGACCAAGGCAACUGAGACUCCCAAAUUCUUCCGUCAAUUGCAUGAAAUAACAAGAUCGAAAUUUAUAUAAAAUUUUGUUUUUGUCAACCCCAUUAUCCGAUCGAACCUCAAUUUUAGCCCUAAACCAGGUUUGAUGGCAUCUUCUUCGGAUUCAUGGAUGAAAGAAUAUAAUGAAGCUGUGAAGCUUGCUGAUGAUAUCAAUGGGAUGAUAUCGGAACGAAGUUCACUGCCUGCAUCAGGCCCAGAACUGCAGCGUCAUGCCUCUGCUAUUAGGAGGAAGAUUACAAUCUUAGGGACUAGACUUGAUAGUUUACAGUCCCUUUUAUUUAAGCUUCCUGGGAAGCAGCCUAUAUCAGAGAAAGAGAUGAAUCGCCGCAAAGACAUGCUUGGAAAUCUUAGGACAAAAGUUUCCCAAAUGGCUUCAGCAUUGAACAUGUCAAACUUUGCUAAUAGAGACAGCUUGCUUGGUCCAGAAAUAAAGCCUGCUGAUGCCAUGAGCAAGGCAGCUGGCUUGGACAAUAAUGGCCUUGUCGGUUUCCAACGACAAGUUAUGAAAGAGCAAGAUGAAGGCCUUGAGAAGUUGGAGGAAACUGUAAUAAGCACAAAGCAUAUUGCACUGGCAGUUAAUGAAGAACUAGAUCUGCACACCAGACUUAUUGAUGACUUGGACUACCAUGUGGAUACUACAGACUCUAGGCUGCGGAGAGUGCAGAAGACCUUGGCAAUUAUGAACAAGCGCACCAAGGGUGGUUGCUCCUGCAUGUGCAUGUUGUUGUCUGUUGUUGGGAUUGUGGCUUUGGCUGCUAUCAUAUAUCUGCUAGUCAAAUACCUCUAGUAGAAUCACGAGAUUAUAACAAAAACAGGGCCUGCAUUUUCUAUGACUGUGCUUCUUUGUGUGGUUUGACUUUGACAAUUGCCAUAAUGGUUGUAAUAUAGUAUAUGGUUUUUGUAAUUUCCUCUUGUGCCUACGUGAUUUAAUUGUGGAUAAAUUAAAUUACUUGUUUGAUGUAUCAUUGGCACAAUUUAAUAUUUUUUUUCUUC